UAUUGUUUCUCUCUCUCCGAAGUUAACAACUCAAACUUGAUUUAUCUCUCGGCAGCCCUAAUUUCUUUGAAGAAUGUGGCAACUCGUUGUAGCUGCAGCAGUUGCAGGAUGUGGAAUGUACGCGCAACAUUUUCUUAAAAACGUAGAUCAAGCUACGAAAAUACUUGUUCAUGAGGAGGAGAAUGAAUUUGUUGAUCCUGAGAUUAACGAAUCCUGUGAUGAUCAAGCUACUAAAGGUAUUUAUGAGGAGGAGAAUGAAUCUGUUGAUCCCGAGAUUAGUAAAACCUGUGAUGAUCCUAAGAGCUCCGGGGAACAAAAUAUGGUAGUUGAGAAAGAAAAGGGAAUCUUUAGGUUUUCUAGUUUAGAUCCCGGUGGGUCUAGAUUGGGUUUGCUGAAAAAGGUGGGAUUAAGGAAAAAUGUGGGGAGGGUUAGUAAGAGAAGAAUUAAGGUUGAGAAAUAUAAUACUUGUGUGGAGGAGGAGAGAAACAAAGGAAAGAAAAUCUCACUUCACUUGAAGAAAAGAAGAACUAACAAGAAUGCACAAAGAAAAUGUGGAUCGUUUUCUUCUAAUGGUGACCCAUCAUUUGGUUGGGGGAUAGGUCUUGGGAUUAUGUGCAUGAUUUCAGCUGGGAAGGCUGAGAUUAACAAGAUGAAUGAGGCUAUAGAGGAAACUGCAAAAGUCGUUAGUAAUUUAAAUUCUGUGCUCAGUAAAAGAAAACUAUCCCGCUACCAUGAGAACGCCGGUUAUGAAAAAGUAAAUGAUGGAUCCUCCAAGGUAGUGGAAGACAAGAAUAAGCAACCACCUGAGAUAUUGUAAGUAUCAAGGGUGCAUGUCCAGAUGACACCAAAGUUUUGGGCCAUUCAUCAAUUGACGGGGAGUCUGAUAGUAGUACUCUAACAGAAGAGCCAGAUUUUGCUCAGCUGGAAGCAGAGCUGGAAUGUGAACUGCUCAAAAUUUCUAAUCAGGUAGGUCUUUUAGAAUAGCACAUCAUUUCCUAAAGCUGAGUCAUAUUAGAAAUGAAUUGUAUAUGGUGCUUUUGUUCUAGCAUGUACUGAGACUGUCACUUGGUGGAUUUGAGCGGGUCACAGAUCAGGUUGACUUUGUUAAAGUAUUUGUUGCCACUGUAACCAUGUGUGCCAUCAUCAGUGGCAGCAUGAUAAGCUACUCUUAAUGGCUAGCUGUAGAAGGUAAAAGUUGUUGUAAACGUCAAUGUGGUUUGUGAAAUAACUCCUCUUUUUGAUGGUGACAUGGUCCGGAUAUUGUUAGAAACAACUUGUUAUUACAAUAACUCGAAUUGCCGUACAAUAACUAAC